GCCCGCGCAAACGAAGAACAAAGGUACGAAAGCGCCAGGCGCGUCUCGCCGAACGACAGCCGCGUCGCAAUCGACGCGCGUAAACAACAACAAUGGCAACACCAUGCCCAAGAAGCGCGGCAGGCCACGUAAGCAAAGGGACACAGACACAGCCGAAGGCCCUGAACGACCUACUGCAUCGAGCUCACGACCAAAGCCUUCGCAAACCAAAGUAGAAACCGGCAAACAGGCGCGUAAGCGGACCUCGGCGGCGCAGGCGGAAGACGCAGAGGGAGAUCAAAGCGGCGUACAUACAGAGCUACCAUCCAAGUCUUCAGGAAAAAAGAAGCGCAAAUCACAACAAGAUGUUCUAGACGAGGCUACACAGCGCAAGAAGCCCAAAAUCGGCACUUUCGCCCGUCUAAAGCCACGCACGCGACACAUUCCGCAAACGGUUAUCACUUCGAAAUGGAAAAUGGCGUCACUCCCCACACAAGCCGCCAUCAAGACCCUUUUGCACUCCGUCCAGCGUUCCGUCUUCGCGUCACGCGCGGACAAUGCGCGGAGCCGCACCGAGGCCGAAAUCACGCUUGCGAGCGUAAUAAACAAACUUGAGAGGCAGUUGCCGCGCAUGCCGUUCCCGCCGCGCACCAAAGAGGCGCUGUUCGAUCUGAACAAGGUUGUCGAGAGGAAUCGGGCGCUGGAAACAGAAGUCACGACAGGGAUGCACGGAGCGGGAUUGCUGAGAGAGGCGGUGGAGAGGGAGGAAGAGGGGCUAAGGAGGGAUAGGGAGGCAUUGAGAGUACUGGAAGAGAAUGCCAGAACAAGCGAGCGGGAAUACAGAAAGAGGGAGAAGAGGGUACAUCCGUUGCUGAAGGACGGUGUGGGACAUGGAGCGGCGGAUGACAUGCCGGACGACAUCGAUAUGGUGAUGGGAUCAACGAAGACAGCGGAGGAGUUGGCGGGCAUCGAGGUGGAUGAAGAGGACGAGGACUUGGCCCCGCUGCUGGACCAGUUGAAGAAUCACCUCGAGUCGAUGCAGGCCAAUAUAGAGCAGGUCGAGGGCGUGGAUGAGGCGAUGGAGGGGGCAUUUGCGGCGUUGGACGGAGUCUUGGGAAGGUACGCCACGAGGGAGCAAUACGAAAGCUUGGAAGGGCGGUAAGUAUGUAGGGGGUAGGGUACUCCGUAGAGGGUUGCUUGUUCCGCGUACAGUAUGAGUUAUGAUACCCCUUUGUUAUCGACCGGGACUCGUGGCAGGCAUUAGAUAUAGGGAGAGGAGCAACCCCCUACCCGAUAGUAAGCGUGAGGGCGGC